GAGCACACUUAAAUCUGAAAGCUUGAGUACGUGAAGCCUUCGAGCAAUUUCUUUUCCAGAACAUUGAGAAGUUUAAAUUCUUGGUAAUCUUAAUCUGCAGAAUGAGUAUCCAAGGUUUACUGGUACUUCUUUUCCUGUCUGUUUUGGUUGAGAGUACUAUUGGAAGCACCCUUGGAGAAAAUGGCUCUCUAAGUACCACUGAUCAUCAUAAGUCGAAAGGAACAAGAUGGGCACUUCUAAUUGCCGGUUCGAGUGGUUACGAGAACUAUCGACACCAGGCUGAUGUAUGCCAUGCAUAUCAGAUACUCAAGAAAGGCGGACUCAAAGAUGAAAACAUCGUUGUCUUCAUGUAUGAUGAUAUUGCCAACAGCCCAGAAAACCCUAGACCUGGUGUCAUUAUUAACAAGCCAAAUGGCAAGGACGUCUACCAUGGAGUUCCCAAGGAUUACACAGGAGAUGCUGUUAACUCAUCAAAUUUCUAUGCUGCUAUUCUGGGAGACAAAGCUGCAAUCAAAGGAGGAAGUGGCAAGGUUCUGGAGACUGGUCCAGAUGACCAUAUUUUCAUAUAUUACACUGAUCAUGGUGCUGCAGGACUUCUUGGGAUGCCUAGUGACGAGGACGCUGUUUAUGCGAAAGAUCUAAUGCGUGUGCUGAAAAAGAAGCACGCUGCUAAAGGUUUCAAAAGCAUGGUGUUUUACCUAGAAGCUUGUGAGUCUGGGAGUAUGUUUGAGGGUUUGCUUCCAAAGAAUAUAAACAUAUAUGCUACUACAGCAGCAAAUGGAGAGGAGAGCAGUUAUGCAACAUACUGUUCUGGAGAUGUUCCUGAAAAAAUCGGUACUUGUUUGGGAGACUUGUAUAGUAUUUCCUGGUUGGAGGAUUGCGACGCACAUGAUCUGCACAAAGAGACUUUUGAGGUUCAAUAUGAAAGGGUUCGGAACAGAACAGAUGAAUCCCAUGUUAUGCAGUAUGGAGAUAUGAGUUACAUAAAGCAGUUCCUGUACACUUACAUGGGGGCAACUUCUAAAGCUCAUAGCCAUGCUCCCCCUGCCCUCACAGCUUCGCCUUCGGGAUCAAUCUCAAGGGCUGUUAGCCAGCGCGAUGCAGCCCUCUUUUAUUUUCUGUAUAAGGUAAACAGAGCUCCAACUAACUCUCAUGAGAAGCUCGAAGCUAAAAAGCAGCUAUAUAAUGAAAUUGCUGGAAGGAAACGUGUAGAUGAUAGCAUAACAAAAAUGGGAGAGCUUCUGUUUGGGACCGAGAAGGGCUCAGAAUUACUAAUGAAGGUCAGGCCUUCAGGACAACCUCUAGUGGAUGACUGGGAGUGCUUCAAGAUGUUUGUUAGGACUUAUGAGAGUCGCUGCGGAAAGCUAUCGACAUAUGGAAUGAAGUACACGCGAGCUUUUGCCAACAUGUGCAAUGCCGGGAUCAGCCUAGAGAAACUGGUUGCAGUGUCUGAUCAAGCUUGUUCUAAGAAACCUCAUGUCUAAUUAAUCUGAAUAGAUGUACUAAAUAAAGUCAUGCAUACGACUUUAAGUAUGCUGGUUAUGUUUUAAACUACAUAUAUACGUAAAAUGCAUGUAGGUGAAUCUGUGAUAUCACGUUAGCUCCUUUAUACUAUAAAUUAAUUAAUAAAGAUCAAUUCUACCAAAAA